AUGCUCUUUUGUCUUGUUCUUGGUGAUGCAGUCAAAAAUGCAUUCAUGAUCGAUAUCAAUAAAGAUAUGACUAUUUCUCAUUUAAAAAACUUAAUUAAAGAGAAGAAAAAAAAUACUUUUCAAAAUGUUGAUGCUGAUGACCUCGUGCUCUGGAAAAUUACUGCUAUUUCUAUCAACAAAGAAACCAUGAAAAUGAAAAUAUGUAUCGAUAUCAAUAUAGAAAAAGAACUUGGAGGCACAAGGUUAUUACCAUCUGAAGCUAUAAAAGAUCAUUUUAAAGAAUUAGAGAGCAAAGACAUUCAAAUCAUAAUACAGCCAUCUACCAUUGCAUCACUUUCUAUAGAUAAUAUAAUCAAUGCUGGUUUAAAAAUGGAAAAAGUGAAUAGUCCUUCUGUAACUAUGGACAAGUAUAUAGAGAGACCACAUUUAAGAUAUUUCAUUCAAGAUCGACUAGAAAAUAACAUAGAUGCUUUUAUGAGAGAAAGUUGUUGUCCAAAUGAUUACCAAGGAAUCAGUAUUUCUGAAAAUAAUUUUAAAGUCAUUUAUAUAUUUUUUCAGAUUAAUCAUUUCAUUGUUGAUUUUGAAAAAAGACCUGAACCUAAUCCAACUACCAAAUGUUAUCCUCAUAUAUUAGAACAUGAAGAACUUGUGAGUCAAUAUUUAGCAUUAUUGAUUUCUACCUAUUGUCUUGCAAGAAAUUCUGCUAUGAACUUACAAACAGUUUUAUUAGCAAUUUGGCAUUUUUGUCAAAUAUCUAAACAAUCUAAACUUUUGAUACUUUUACAACUUGAUGAAUAUCAACAUGACCAAUACUUAUUAACAGUAAUUUUGUGGUUUAUCUCUUCACUCAAUUGUGAUAAAAACAUCAAACAGCUUGAUGCUUUAAUUGUGUCUAUUUGUACAGGUACAGCCCUGACUAAAAUUGAGAAACCAGGUGAUCCAGAACAUCUAAACAUAACUGAUUACAAAGUUUAUGACAUACCUAUAUCUCUUAUGGAUAUAGAAGCACUACUUGAUUUUAUAGAUUCAGUUAUAGAAUAUAAAACAAACAAAUUCAACCUAAUCUCACAUGAAAAUCCAUUAUAUCACAUUCUGAUUGGUGCUGUCUAA